GGAUCGCAGUUUAACAUCACCGGAUUCACGCUGUUCAGUCCUGAAAUAAAGCGGCUAAACAUCCACGCCGGAGUCCUUAAAUCAGUCCAACAUUCAUUUUCCUGGAUUCGCAAAUUCUGUCGAAGACGUGUGUCUUGUCUCCGUCGUAUUGGAUAUCAAUCCUGAAGAUUUGCCGAACUGGGUGGGAAUGUAGAGCAGCACCGUUGUUUUAAUCAGCUCGUGAAGUUGGACCCUGUCUGAAAAGAAAUCAAAAUUCAACAGACACGCCUCAGAUGCUGUUUGCGAUCAGAUUUCGGAAAUAACUGCCACAGUAGGAUUUUAUGUUUGUUUGUUUGUUCUCAGUCGUUGACAUUUACCUUUAUGGUCUUUCUGUCUAAAACCGGUUUCUUUGCCAUUCUGUGCAUGUUAAUGCGCUACAUUGACAGAUCAGAAUCUGAUAGCCUAAUAUUAGUCUAAUAAUUGUGUGUAUUGCGAACAUUGUCGUCUUUGUUUGAUAUCUUUUUGGAAAAACUCUAUUCAGACCUGCCUGUAUUGCACUUUACCCAGAUAGAUACGAUUAGACCACCACUUAAAUAGGUCUGCAGUGUUCCCCUGGAUUAAAACACCUGUAAAGAUAAAUUGUUUCUUUGUUUUUGCUUUUUUUUAAAUGCAAAACCUCCUUUAAGCAAAAUGUGGUUAUUAGACUGUCACAGCCAGGCAUGCAUUAUUAAAACCCUGCUUAAUUAUUAGUUACUCGGUUUCCUGCUGGACAGAAGUCUUCACAUUUGCAGUCUGACAGGAAUCCAGGAGGGAGCUUGCUUCGCUUUCGACUACUGUUUUUGAUCCAACUAAAUCUCCAGCAGUCAAGACAUUCCACUAAACUUUGCUUUUACACUAUUAAAAGCGACAAUGUCUUAUCUGUGCCGUUCAAAACGGAGAAAAUCAACGCAGUGAGGACGAUGCUGGCCAUUUUUGGACACGACACGCUUCACUCAGAGAUUACUCGGGACUCCUGUGACAGACAAAUCUAGAUGAGUUUAAUUUUAUGAACUCGAGGCUGUUGGGAAGCGUAUCGAUCGUUUUAUAACACAUCUUCUCGUGGAUAUAUCGACAUACAUCAUGGGCGACGCUAAUUUGAACAACUCCAACGUGAAGGUGGCGGUUCGGGUCCGGCCCAUGAACCGGAGAGAAAAGGACCUGAACACAAAAUGUGUUGUAGAAAUGGAGGGGAAUCAAACACAUCUGUACCCGUCAAACCUGGCUAAGGAUUCCAGUAGGGGUCAGCCAAAGACCUUCGCCUAUGACUACUGUUUUUGGUCAAUGGAUGAGUCGGAAACAGAGAAGUUUGCUGGCCAAGAUGUAGUGUUUCAGUGCCUUGGGGAGAGUCUUUUGCACAAUGCCUUUCAGGGUUACAACGCCUGUAUUUUUGCAUAUGGGCAGACUGGCUCGGGGAAGUCGUACACCAUGAUGGGUUCGGUGGACCAGCCUGGUCUGAUCCCCAGACUCUGCAGUUCUCUGUUUGAGCGGACCGUGCAACACCAGCGAGAGGAAGAGAGCUUCACCGUGGAAGUCUCUUAUAUGGAAAUCUACAACGAGAAAGUUCGGGACCUCUUGGACCCCAAAGGGAGUCGGCAGCCCUUGAGAGUGAGAGAACAUAAAGUUUUGGGGCCUUAUGUCGAUGGUCUAUCAAGGCUUGCAGUAGAAAGUUACAAGGACAUUGAGUCCUUGAUGUCUGAGGGGAAUAAAUCCCGCACUGUGGCGGCCACCAACAUGAAUGAGGAGAGCAGUCGCUCCCAUGCGGUUUUCAAUAUCAUCCUCACGCACACACUGAAAGACCUUCAGUCGGGGACAAGUGGUGAAAAGGUUAGUAAACUGAGUUUGGUGGACCUGGCAGGAAGUGAGAGAGCUGCAAAGACAGGCGCUGCAGGCGAGCGGCUCAAGGAAGGCAGCAACAUUAACAAGUCUUUAACCACUCUGGGUUUGGUGAUCUCAGCUCUUGCAGACCAAGGUGCUGGAAAGAACAAGAACAAGUUUGUGCCCUACAGAGAUUCGGUGCUGACAUGGCUGCUCAAGGACAGUCUGGGUGGAAACAGUCGGACUGCUAUGGUUGCCACUAUAAGUCCUGCAGCAGAUAAUUAUGAUGAGACGCUGUCAACAUUACGCUAUGCAGACCGAGCAAAGAGCAUCGUCAACCACGCCGUGGUCAACGAAGACCCCAAUGCCAGGAUUAUCCGGGAGCUCCGAGAGGAGGUGGAGAAACUGCGAGAUCAGCUGACACAGGCUGAGUCUAUGAAGGCACCAGAGCUGAAGGAGAGACUGGAGGAAUCUGAAAAAUUGAUACAGGAGAUGACAGUCACCUGGGAAGAGAAGCUGAGGAAGACUGAGGAAAUUGCACAAGAGAGACAAAAACAGCUGGAAAGUCUUGGCAUCUCUCUGCAGUCAUCUGGUAUCAAGGUUGGAGAAGAUAAGUGCUUCCUGAUCAACCUCAACGCUGACCCUGCCCUUAAUGAACUAUUGGUUUAUUAUCUGAAGGAACACACUAAGGUUGGAUCAGCAGAUUCACAGGACAUCCAGCUGUGUGGAAUGGGCAUCCAAGCAGAACAUUGUGUCAUUAACAUCACACCUGAGGGAGCGGUCUUUCUCAAUCCUUACAGAAACUCAAGAACAUGUGUAAAUGGAUCUCCAGUCACCAGCCGGCAACAGCUUCACCAUGGUGACCGUAUUCUUUGGGGAAACAAUCACUUCUUCAGAAUAAACCUACCGAAGCGGCGCAUACGGGGUGAGGAAGAGGAGGGUGAGGGCGGGAACAUGAAGAACAGUAACAGCAGUGAACAGCUGGACGGAGAGGGAGACUCGACCAGCGAGGUGUCCAGUGAGGUCAGCUUCAGCUACGAGUUUGCUCAGACUGAAGUCAUGAUGAAGGCUCUGGGCAGCAACGACCCCAUGCAGGCUGUUUUGCAGUCUCUAGAGCGCCAACAUGAGGAGGAGAAGCAGACUGCUCUUGAGCGUCAGCGGCUGAUGUAUGAGCAGGAGCUGCAGCAGCUGCGCAAACAGUUGACUCCAGACAGACAGAGCAUGCAGAUACCGCAGUCGCAACCCUUGCAGCCACAGUACCGCAGCUGGGAGAGACUGAGCCAGGGAGGAAUGUCUUCUUCACCCAGCGCCCAACAUCGUCUGCGCCAGUGGAGCGAGGAGAGAGAGGAGGUGCUGAAGCGGAGCUUCAGGAAACUGAGGGAGCAGAUCGUAAAGGCCAAUCUGUUAGUGCAGGAGGCAAACUUCAUCGCUGAAGAACUGGACAAGAGAACCGAAUACAGAGUUACUCUACAGAUCCCUGCUGCAAACCUUAAUGCCAACAGAAAGCGAGACGCUGUAUUGAGCGAACCUGCCAUUCAAGUGAGGAGGAAAGGCAAAGGGAAGCAAAUAUGGGCCCUUGAGAAGAUGGAAAACCGGCUAGUGGACAUGAGAGAGCUUUAUCAGGAGUGGAAGGAAUUUGACGAAGACAACCCUGUAAUGCACUCAUACUUCAAGAGAGCCGACCCUUUCUUUGAUGAGCAGGUGAACCACAGUUUAAUUGGGGUGGCCAACGUUUUCCUCUCCUGCCUGUUCUAUGACGUAAAGCUACAAUAUGCGGUUCCCAUCAUCAAUCAGAAAGGAGAGGUUGCCGGGCGGCUGCACGUGGAGGUGAUGAGAGUGGGUGGAGGAUUUGAUGACAGCGUAGGCGGAGGAGAUGACAGUGAUGGAAGCCCAGACGGUGAUGUACAGGAACGCAAACUGGUCUGUAUGAUUAAGAUCCUGCAGGCUAAUGGUCUCCCGCAGUACCUGUCCAAUUUUGUCUUCUGUCAGUACUCUUUCUGGGACCAAGCAGAGCCUAUUAUUGUUGCUCCAGAAGUGGAUCCCUCUGCCUCCUUCUCCAGCAGCAAAGACCCCCACUGCAUGGUGGUGUUUGACAGUUGUAAGGAGUAUGCUGUGACUGUAACAGAGGAAUUUAUUGAGUAUUUAACAGAGGGUGCUGUAGCCAUCGAGGUAUACGGACACAGGCAGGCUGAUCCGGGCAGGAACCCCGCACUGUGGGACCUCAGCAUCAUCCAGGCCAAAACACGCACUUUACGUGACAGGUGGAGCGAGGUAACACGCAAGUUGGAGAUGUGGGUGCAGAUUUUGGAGCUGAAUGAGAACGGCGAGUACAUGCCGGUGGAGGUGGUGCCAGCACGAGAUGUUCGCACGGGGGGCGUCUUCCAGCUCAAACAGGGCCAGUCUCGGCGGAUUCAGGUGGAGGUGCGCUCAGUGCAGGACUCCGGCACGAUGCCUUUGAUAGCAGAGAUCAUCCUGGGAGUGUCCAUCGGCUGUGUGGAGAUCAGGCAGGUGCGGAUGACCAAAAACAAUGAGCCACAAGAGCUUGAGGGAGAUGAAAUGGACAGUUAUCAGGAGCGAGAUUUGGAACGUCUGCGACGUCAGUGUCUCACUGCUCUCACUAAGAGACAAGAGUAUCUGGACCAACAUCUUCAGACUUUGGUCAGCAAAGCAGAUAAGUCUGAGGAUGAUGUGGAGAGGGAGGCCCAGCUGCUUGAGUGGCGUCUGACGCUCACAGAGGAGAGGAAUGCAGUGAUGGUGCCCUCUGCUGGCAGUGGAAUACCAGGAGCUCCUGCUGAGUGGGUACCAGUGCCUGGGAUGGAAACCCACAUUCCAGUGCUCUUUCUUGACCUGAGCGCUUACGACUUCAGCUCUCAAGAAAACCUGGACGUUCCCGAGGCGGGCGGCUGGGAUGGCACGCUUAGCUCUGAAGAUGAGGAUGAAUUUUUUGACCUUCAGAUUGUCAAACACUAUGAUGAAGAGGUGAAAGCCGAAGCUUCGUGGGACUCCACGGUUCAUGAAUGUCCACAGCUGAGUCGAGGUGCUGCCCCAGAUCAGAGAGUAUAUCUGAUUGUCCGCACCGUGGUGCAGCUCAGCCACCCUGCAGAGAUGCAGCUCGUCCUGCGCAAACGCAUCUGUGUGAACCUCACUGGACGACAGGGUUUUGCUCAAAAUUUCUUGAGGAGAAUGUCCACCAGGAGCACUAUUCCUGGCUGUGGUGUGACCUUUGAAGUUGUCUCCAACAUCCCAGGGCAGGACAGCCAGAGCUCAGAGGACAGGGAGAUGCUGGCUCGUGUGGCCACCAGCGCUGAGAACCCGAAAUCCUCAGAUAAUGAAGCUGCCAUAGAGAAGUACCUGCGGAGCGUCCUGGCUGUGGAGAACAUCCUCACACUGGACCGUCUGAGACAGGAGGUGGCAGUGAAGGAGCAUUUGGCAGGUAAAGGCAAGGGCAGCAGACGCAGUCUCAGCUCUCCGAGUGUGCACCGGUUAUCUGGAAGCAGACAGGAUCUGUCAUUAAACUCCGUUCUGGAUGACAACAAGAAUCGAUGGGAGAGUCAGCAGGAUAUCUUUGCGACAUCCUCUCAGUUCAGCAAAACACUGCCACGACCAUCCAGACCUCCUACCCCACCUACACAGAAUCAGGACCCCGAGCAAGUCAAGGCCCUGGUUCCUCAGAUGCCAAAGCUUCUCAAGUCCCUGUUCCCUGUGCGCGAUGACAAGAAAGAUUUGAGACCCUCUCCACACUCCCAACAGCAUCUGCCACGAAUAAUGAUGCAAACAGCAAACAACCCUGAUGAAGGAAGAGUAAGAAUAGAACCGGCUGCAGUAAUGGGGAAGAGUCCUGCUUCAGAUGGGCCUGAUGCCCUGUCCUCUAUGCAUGAUCCGCAUGAUCUGCUUCUGAGCCCCAUCAGCGAAUCUUCCAGUGGCUAUUUUUCUACUAGCGUCUCCACUGCCACCCUUUCCGAUGUCUCCAUAGCUUGUGGGGACCUUACCCCUACUCCCAAUUCCCAAGCGGGUCCCGUAGCAUCCAGGCACGACAACGAAGACUGUCUACCACCCCCUGUUAAUGCCUCUGUUGCUCCUGUAGAAGCUGGGAUAAGAUCUGACAGGCCUAGAAAAGAGGAAGAUACCCAGGCGGCCCACAGGAAUGGUGUCACCACCUCUCAGCAGGAAGCACAGCUAAAUGCAACCCCUCCCAUGGUGUCGAGUACCUCCACAGACAGCCCUUUAUCCCCCCAGAAGGUCAAAGCCAAUGAACUCAGGUCUUUCUGUAACAUUCUCGGAGAUGGAAAAGCAACUACAAUGCAAGUGCAACAAAUAAACAGCUUGGAGAAGCUAGAGAUAACCUUCGAGGAUGUGGAACCCAAGGAACUUGCUUGGCUUAAGGUGGGAGGUAGAGUCACUGUCGGAUCCAGCAUGUCCGGCACAGUCCGCUACAUUGGCCCGACGCACUUCUCAGAAGUCGUCUGGGUCGGGGUCGAGUUGGACACUCCCUCAGGUAAGAAUGAUGGUUCUGUUGAGGGCCACCAGUACUUCCAGUGCAAGCCUGGUUACGGGGUGCUAGUCCGUCCAGAUAGACUGACUCGAUGGGAAGCUUCCAAAAGGAACAACGAAAAUCGUCGCAGCGGGGAAUUCAGUCAGCAACUGAGGGGAGGAGCCAGCACUGCCAUUCAGAAAGGAGAGAAUCGCAAAUCCUGGACCAGCUAAUUAACAAUGAGCUGAGCCGGACAGAACCUCCGCUUCCAACAUCUGAAUCUAACCGAGGAUGUCAACUCCAUCCAUCACUGUGCUUGGGCAAACCCAACUUUGCACAGAGGAUGGUACAACAUUCCCUUUCAAGCUCCUCUAUCAGUUCCGGUGCUAUGCUAAUGUGUAGCAUGUGGGAGUGCUAUCAAAUUUCAACAUGCUGCUUCAGUUGUGUUCCUUUAUUUGUUUGCUUGUUUGUUAACUCAAGCAAGUCUCCUGGAGUCGACCAUAAAUGAAUCUUCCGGGUCUUUGAGAUUGAGUCCAUUUUUGGACUUGAUGCUACAAAUGAUGCUUGAUUUAUCUUCUCUGCACAGUCAGUAAUCGAUUUUUAGUUUCCUGAAUGUGCCUUUUAAGUCAAGCCAUUUCUUGUUUGUCAUCCCUCAUUGCACCUUCCAACACUAGUUAGAAUGUGGUAAAUGGUAUGGUAGGCAUGUAAGAGAUUAUCUCAGGGAUCCGAUCGGAGUCUUUGGAUACACCCAGUAGUGUUCUCAGCUGUAAGCCACUAUCAAGCAAUCAAGCCACUAUCAAAUCUGGCUUUUCAUGGAGUGAAGGGGGCUGCAUGUAUUUUACGAUAGGUGCCAUCAUGAGCAGGUCACUGCAGGUUUUUGAUGCAAGUUUCAUGUUGUGAAGUACUAUUAUUACUUGGCCAGUGAUUGGACGACUAAGUACACAAGAUGGGAUGUUUUAUUUGGUUUGGUGUCAUUGGAAGACUUGCCUAUCAGUAUUUUAGGAGGUAACUGCCUGCUUAGUGUGUAUCCUUAAUUGCAUGUGGUGAAUUUUUAGACUUGACUGAAUUGGCACAUUCAGGCUUAAUUGACUGGCUUAAUUAGGCCCUCUCUUAAUGGUUUUGAUGAUUGGACAAAAAAAAAAAAAAAAAGGAUUUUAGAGCGGCUUAUUUACAAUCUGAUGGGUUGGGGCACAUUUUACUAAGCAGCCUUUUAAUUGGACUUGGAUUAUUGGAACUACUUUAACCUCAAAUAACUUUUUGCUGCAAUUUAGUGACAGUUAAAGUAGCUUGGUUUAAUGGUUUCUGAAGGACUGUCUUCCACAAGAAGGUCACAGUAGAAGCACAUUCCAGUUUUGUGUAUUGGACCAAUUACUGGCAAUAACUUCAUCUUAUUUAUUCAAAUUAAAAUCUCUAAAAGUGAUUUUUUUUUUUUUACACUGUAUGGGCAAAUUGGUCAGAUUUAUAUCGUUUUUUUUUUUUUUUUAAUGAGCAGCAUGAUUCCAUGCAGAUAUGUUGGUUCACAUCAUGAUGGCGAGAAAAUGUUAUUUCAUUCCUUUUAUAUUCUAUUCAUGGAAAUCAUCACGUGAUUUCUGGAGUCUAAUACAAUAUCGAAUAUAUUUUAAUUGUUGUAGUUAUGUAAAUUGAAUUUAUAAAGUGUAAAAAAUCCUGUGAACUGAAAAUCUAUUUGCACAUUUGAUUUAUAGUUCGAUAGCUUAUGUGCCCAAAGGGUGCUUAGUUUUGUUGUAAAUUAAGUAAACUAACCGAUGAUCCACUGUAAAUCUGCUUUCACUGGAUUCGAUGCUCAGAAGUCAAAAACAUUUUGAAAUUUCCAUCUGAGAAGAGAUGCGUUUCUCCACUGUUUGAAGUUGCCUUUGAUUUUUCCUGUUUGUGUUCAGUCUGAUCUGUGCUUUAUUCAUAAUGAGAAAACGCACACAUGUGGAGCACUGAAAUGAGCACUGUGAUUAGCAACAAAGGCUUCAGGGGAUAAGAUUUUAAGGCCUGCUGGGUCACAUUAGUAACUAGUCAUUCUUUAAAUAUUAAUUUAAAGGUAAUACAAGAACAGGUUGAUUGCCUUUUAGAAUGACAAAUCUCAACUGUUUAUUUUAAUAAAUUUCUGUCGUAGCAAUAAUGUUACCAAUGCUUGUAGGGAUUUGAUGGUUCAUUGGUUUGAACCUAAUGUGUUACUCUAGGGGAAAUGAACUUAUUGAAGACUUUUUCAGUAAGCUGAUCUCCAUGGCCCAACAUUUCAAUCAUAGAUGCUUUUAACUUGAUGUGUACUAGUUGUUUAUUUUGUUUUUAAGUGCAAUUCACCAAUUUUCUUCAUCAUUAAUAUGGUUGAAUGCACUCUACAUCCAUUCUGUUUAACGUCAACAAGUCUGCAGCAGCAGAAAUUACACCUUGAUCUAUAAUGAAUGGCACUGAUCCAGAACCAUAUCCGAGCAACCACACUGUGGCCUUUUGUAGUCCAAUACUAAAUACAGGUGUGGAGACUCGUACUUUCCUUCUGUUUGAAAUCCUUCCCAUUAAGCGCUUCAGGAGAAAGAGGUUUUGAAGGAAGCUUUGGGCUCUGCUGUUUACACAGAUGUCAGACGAAGCUCUUGGCAGUACGUUUCUGCUCUAGUUCUGUAGUUUUUUUUCUUUUUCCUGAGCAGUGAGUGGAUGUCUCCAUCAUUCACUACUAGUCUGUGCCUUGUCCUGAUGAUUUUGUCAUGAAAAUUGUCCCGAAUAUUGAGCGUUAGAACCCAAGGCAUACCUGUGUAUGUGUUUUGUAUAUAGUUUUUUUUUUUUUUUCUUUUUUUUUUUUUUUUUGCAUCUUGAGUUCAAUCUGAGCACAAGGCUGGGUUUGAUAAAUUGAUCUGCAAUUCUAUGCUGAUAUCCAAAGAAUAAUCAUGUAUAAUAAUUCAUUUAGAAUUUCUUUUAUAUUGACUGAACAAUAAUCUGGCUGUAAAGAAAAAAUAAAAGUUGACUUGAUUUACA